AUGCUCCUUAUAUUUUUAUUAUUAGCUUUUACUCCAGUAGUCAGGGGAUACUGUGAAGAAGGCUUACCCUGUUCAGAAUGUGAUCUUAUAACAACCGGAGAAUCAUGUAACACUCAUGAACGACUGCCAUAUUACUACUGCAGAAACGAUACCAAGACAGUCGGAUAUGCGUCUUCGAAAUACUUGAUUUGUGUGGAUUUCGUGAUGAGGGAAUUGGAUUGCUCAUAUGAAAACAUGCGAGGCUUUUUUAAUCCAAAUACCCGUAAAUGUCAAGCGAUCGAGGAUGACGAAGAAAAUUUCGAGGAAGUUGGCGACUUUUAUAACAGCUUAGAAGAUCUGAGUCAUCAUCGUCAAAAACGUUCAUCAACAGGGUCCUCAAGAGUUGGCGAUUCAUGUUCUUUCAAUACGGAUUGUCAGAGGGGAAUGUUCUGUGGAGGUGGAGUUUGUGGAUGUCUUUCUGAUUUUGUUGCCAUUUCACAUCAUUGUUGGCCGAAGAUCAAUCCAAGUGAAUCCGGUUGUGUUGAAACACGGCAGUGUGAAGCCGUUUGGCCCGGAGCUCGAUGUUCAUCUUCUGGAAUGUGUGAAUGUCCAGAUGAAACUGUUCCAAGCCGAACUAGAGAUGGAACUGUUUGUGUGGCUGCCGGAAUCCCUCCUAGUUGUCCUCUACCAGAACCACAUAAUGGAGUUCCUAACCCAGCUACAGUUCUGGCUAAUCCUUCAACUCAUCCUUUGAACCCAGGAGAAUAUAUGCCUAUUCUCUGUAAUUCACGAUCUAAUGAAGUUUACAAUUCUAAUGGGGGAGAUGGAUCAACAUGGUGCAUCUAUCCCGACGGAGACAAUGAUAUUUAUAUUGCGGAUAUUUACAAUUGUGUCAAUCAUCCCCAGGUUAACCAGCAGCUUUUCUCUGAGUACGCUGAAAGCGUUGAUGGCAUUUGUUGUCAUAACAGAGCAUUCGUUUGUACUCAACCUAUGGAAAGUGGUCCUGAGCCAUCCAUUCCACGAUGGUGGUACAACUCUGCAACGGGCAGCUGUAGUCAAUUUAUGUGGGAUCCCGAUACGAUCCAAGGAGCUUCCCCGAAUAACUUCAAUACUGCCGAACAUUGCGAGUCUUAUUGCCGGGAUAGUUGUAAACGAGGAACAAGCGAGUUUGUAGCUUCGAAGCAUUCUAUUGUCGAUGAAGUUCCGAAAACGAACUGUCUUUCCUCUCUGGCUAAGUGUGGUUCAGAACACUCCUGUGUGUUGUUCGGGUCUCAACAAAUGUGCUGCCCAACGACAGCUCAUAUCUGUAGUGCAGCUGGUGGAAGAACGUACCCAUCGAAACCAAUUGAGAACUUUGAUCGAGGUGUUGUUGUUGCUGGACAAAAAUCUAGUAUUCGUUAUUAUUAUGAUGCUGAUCAGGGAAGAUGUGUCAAUUUCAUGUAUCAUGGACUUGGAAAUUUCAACAACUUCGUGACCAAGCAGGACUGUGAAGCCUUCUGUUCCAAACUUGUUUGCGAGAAUGGGAACCCAUUGAGAAUUGGUGAAGAAUGGCAGCGUUGUGAAACAAACAACGAUUGUCCCUCAUCCCAUACUUGUCAAGGAAGUCACAAAGUUUGCUGCCCUACUUCCCAAUCGUUGUGUACCCAGCCCAGACGCUUAGGAGACUGCACAUCUUCUGUUCGAAGAUAUUGGUAUAACGCUGCUACAAGACAGUGCGAGCUUUUCCAUUACACUGGAUGUCAAGGAAACGAUAACAACUUCGCUUCUUUGGUUCAUUGUCAACAAAGAUGCCGAGGAAUUACGAUGGAACCUAAGUGUCCUCAUGGUAGAGCUUACAAAGACAGAAAUGGAAACUUCCAACAGUGUUCGGACAAGCAGAAUGGCAUGAAAUGUCCUGUGAACUACGUGUGUAUCUACGAUGGCACAACAUAUGGUUGUUGUCCGACGAAGGCUUUCACAUGUUCUUUGAAUCCGGAGAAAGGUGUUCAAUGCGGAUCAGGACGGUCCUACCGUUAUUAUUUCAACUCAAAUAAGCAGUCUUGUGAAACCUUCCAAUAUGAAGGAUGUGACGGAAACAGCAACAACUUCUUAAACUCCGAAGAAUGUCAGCAGUACUGUGGAGUUGGAGGCUGUCCUAAUGGAGGAAAUCCUUUGAGAGAAGAAGGAUCGAAUCGCCAAAUGACAUGCUCAGAUGUCCAAACAUGUCCUUCCACUCAUGAAUGUCUCACAAUCCCUUCAAAUGGAAAUGUGGCUAGUCGAUGUUGCCCGACAAAAGCUUAUAUCUGCGGAAUGUCACCUCAACAAGGAAACCACUGUUCGAAGCUUUCUGUGACUCGAUAUUAUUUCAACAUUAUCACCAAAGAAUGUGCUUCAUUCCAAUUCAAUGGAUGUAAUGGAAACUUAAACAACUUCGGCUCCCAAACUGAUUGCAACAAUUUCUGUUCUUCAGUUGGAUGUGGUGUCGGAGAAAUUGCUUAUAAGGAUGUGAACACGAAAAAGCCUUUCGACUGUAACAAUAUUCUGAAGAACAGUUGUCCAGCAAACUUCCAAUGUCGUUUUAAUUCCCUCACCUCUGGCUAUGUAUGCUGUGGCUCAACAAGCAUGGAUGUUUGUCCAGCUGGUGAGCGAGCCUUCAUCAAUCCAAUGGAUGAAUCAGUACGAGAAUGUGCCAUCAACAUUCCUGGAAGUUGUCCAGCAAACUUCUUAUGUCGAUUCAGUACACAAAAGAACAGAUACUACUGCUGCGCACCAACAACAGACAAUGUCUGUCCCGAUGGUAGAGCCUUAUUCAGAGCAGCCAAAACUACUUUACCUCAACGAUGUACGAUAGGAGUUGCAAACACAUGCUCCGAUGGCUACACAUGCCAAAGCAGAACUAAGAGUGUGCUUCAAGGCUAUUGCUGUUCAACGAAAAAUGUUUGCAAAGGAGAUGCUGAAUUCUUGGUAGACGAUAAGACAAAAAUGCCCAAGAUUUGUACACCUGGAGCUUUCAUUAGUUGUCCGUCUGGAUACCGUUGCCAUCGAAGUUCUCCAGCAUCUGCUAGUGGAUUCUGCUGUAAAGGAGAAAUAAAUGCUAUAUCAGAAGGAUGUCCUCCCAAUGAAUAUGCUUUCACUCGCAAGAACGAGAUCGUACAAUGUGAUCCAUUCAAUUUACAGAAUAAGGGAUGCCCAGCCACUUACUCUUGCCAGUUCGCCAUAGCUUUCCAACGCUAUCAAUGUUGUGGAAAAGAUCCAAUUGAAGAGGAAGAAGUUGAACAAGAAGAACUUGGUUGCCCUCUGUCGCAAGUUGCUUUGGUAAAAGAAAAUCGUCCAGUUGUAUGUACAGCUUCUGGACAGUCAUGCCCCACCGGAUACUUCUGUCAAUUCUCUGAUAAAAAUAAACAAUUUCAGUGUUGUGGUCAUAAAGCAGGGUGUCCAAAUGAAUCGGUAGCCUUUAUUGAUCUAAGCGGUGGUCCGUUAGAAUGUAAUCCUCGAAAUCCGACAUGUCCUGAUGGGUAUAGUUGCCAACGAUCACGAAACAGUCGAAAUAUUUGUUGUACCGAGGAUGAGAUGAGAAAAAUGAUUCCACGAAUUGGAGGUAAAGAUGUACCCAUGUCAUCAUCAUCAUCAUCAUCAUCUACAACAACAACAACACCAGCUUCCAUCCAAACGACAGAAGAAGCCGCGACAUCGACAGAAACGAAAUGUCCUUCAGAUAGUAUAUUGACGAACGGAGAAUGCAAACUACGAGGUACUCCAGGAGCUGCAUGUAUCUUCAGCACUCAAUGUAAUACGGGAUCUGAAUGUGUUAAUCGUUUGUGCAAGUGUACGAAGAACUACGAAGAACGUGAUGGUGCUUGUGAAAAGAUUGGUUGCACCGCACUGGAAGUUGAAAUUAAUGGCAAGUGCUUCAAAUUGGUUGGAAUAAACGAUGACUGUGAAGCUGAUGAUCAGUGUCAGAAUGGAGCUGAAUGUACCGCGAAAGGAAAAUGUCGCUGUCCCGAUGGUCAAGCUCCGUUUAAGGAUAGAUGCUUAGCCAAUAACUGUGUUGGAGCAACACCAUGUCCAAGAGGCUCAAUAUGUUCAUACUCUAAAACUAUUAGCCGAUACAUCUGUUGUUCUUCUUCCAAAAAGCCCUCCAUCAUUACAGUUGGGGGAAGAAUCACGGCACAACCUUACAAGGCAACGUCUACACAAAGACCGAUCGAGCCCCGAUCUAAACCAGCUGAAAAGCGUGUGACUCCCGGAUCAGCAAUUGGAGUACCUCGAUGUCCCAAUGGAGGAAUUCCGCUCUUAUUCCCAACAAGCAACAUGCCCUUAGCAUGUAGUACUGCUCGACCAUGUCCUGUCGGAUACUCAUGUCUGGACAGGAAGUGCUGUCCAUCGUCAGCCGGUGGACGACGCCGUCGGCGACAGGUGCGGCCAAUGUGUCCGCGUGGCUACGUCACACAAGAAAGUCAACAUGGCUUCCUAUGUACCCCAGCUUGCAACCGAUCUCGUUCAGUUCAAUGUCGUCGACGUUGA